AAUGAUGUCCAAGGAUUGUCAUCCACACUGCCAAUAAAUAAAAAAUUGAACCCACAACCUAACCAAAUAAACUAAUCCCAAAGAUCAAAUUGUAAUUUUCAAAGCCGCUGUUGUACUAGUGGAAUAUAGUUAUUUGAAAAUAUCAUUACAAUUGGCGCCAAGCGAAUGCCAAUCCAUAAAGCAGGGCAAGAGUCCCGAGAGCUCAUUGUAAUGUCAGUAGUACACCAUAUCACUGGUCAUGGCAAAAAGCAUUUCUAAAUCAUUCUACUCAGUUGGCAAUUGCAAGAUCGAAGUUCAAGGAAAUGCGGAGUAUGAAGAAGGCAAGGAUGAACUAUACAUAUCGAUCGACGCUGCUGCCAAGAUCAAAAUUUCAGUGGAUAAGCCUAGGAGAUACUCAACCAGAAGAUCGCAUAAACAGGAUCUGUUCAAUCCACGAAUUAAACAGGGCGAGGAAAUACCAGCCGAAUGCUCCUUUGUGUGUCUCAAUCCUAAAGAGAAUGAUGCCCGCACCAAUGCGCUCCUGGAGGAAGUGCUCAAACUGUAUAGUAAAGAACUUCCAAUGAUGAGCUAUGCUGCAAACACCGGAAAGGAGUCUCCAUUUGUUGAAAGAUGCGUCACUGGCGGGAAGUACUGCACAUUACUUCUGAAGUCUGAUGCAAUUCUGGGAAGUGAAGAGGUGAUAGCUGCAAUAACUUAUCAAAUAAUUCCUCCUGACACACAAUAUGCAGAGAUUCCUCUUGCUUCUGUUAGUAAACCUUACCAACGUAAGGGAUUUGGUCGGCUUUUGUAUGGAGAAGUUAAGAAAAGAUUGCAGGAUGUCGGAGUCUUAACUUUAUUUUGUUGGGGUGAUCACGAGUCAGAAGGAUUUUGGCUUGAACAGGGAUUUUCUACACUCGCUGAGGUAGAUGGUAAGGGAAAAGCUCGAAAGCUCCCAAUUAAAAAUGAUGUCCGAAGGGCAAUGUCCAUGCCAGGCAGUGCCACACUGUUGGUUUCUCACUUAAAUGGAGAUAAUUAUGCUUCUUAUAAUGCCAAAAGUUUAUCUCCUUCAAGGUACAGGAGGCAAUGCAAGUUCUUAUCACCUGGUUCAGACAAUUCAAAGUCAAAAACAUCUCCGGUUUCACAUAUAACUACUCCAAUAGCAACUGAAGCAAAAGGAAGUACUGUUAAGCUUUUGACUAAAAAGUGUUGUUUUGAGGAAAGUAUGGGGCCAGACCAAAACAUUAUUCGCACGGAUACUGACCAGUCAUUUCCUUGUGAAGAUGCAAACAAUGUGAAUGUAGGAAGUAUAGAAAACUCACCUGAUAAACAAGCUUGUUUCAGAAGUAAUGGAAUUGGUGCUCCUAUGAAUUCCUCCGACUUUCCUGUCAAAGCUGAAGAUGGUCAAUUGGAUAGCAUGGCAAAAGGUUUGAACAUAAGCAGUGUAAAACACUAUGAUGAUUCACCGAUGAAAUUUUGUGUGGAACGGGGAAUCUUCAAUUAUAAAUCUGUUGAUACAGAGGAAACAGUCGUAGAAAAAUCAAGUGAUAUACAAAAGGUGAACACUCCAUGUUUACCUCAAAGAAGAGGUUUAAAGAGAAGGGGCCCAGCUGAAGAGUCCUAUUCAAAGUCACUAAAAGUUAUUGUGGAUUAUCAACAUGAUGAUAUUACUUUUGCAGAAAAUGAGCAUAAUAUUUUCCGUAUAUACAACAAUGAAGGUGGAACUGUUAGGGCUUCUACUGCCUCAUGCUUAAUGCGAGAACCAUUGGUGGAAGUAAUUCCUUCCCAAACACAAGCUUCAAAUUUGCAACAAGUUUUGGCUACUAAGAAAGUCUUGUCGGACAAUCAUUUGGAAGAUUCCACAGCUGAAAGGCAACAGCCUAUCAUAAUGCUUAUGAAUAUGGCUGAUGAGAGGAAAAAGACGAAGCUUACAAAGAUUGUAGAGAAGAUGGGAGGUGUUGUUUCUUCAGUUGGAAACAUCUGCACACAUGUUGUCACAGGGCAAGUGAGGCGGACCCUGAAUUUCAGUACUGCGCUUUGUGCCGGUGCUUGGGUAGUUUCUCCAGACUGGCUGAAAGCCAGCUUUAAGGAAAACAAAUUUAUUGAUGAGAUGCCGUUUAUCUUGAAAGACAAAGCUUUUGAGUCAAAAUAUGGAGUAAAUGUGGAAGAUGCGGUUCUAAGGGCUCGUGCUAAUCUGCACAAACUGCUUGAUGGUUUUCAUGUGUAUCUUACGUCACAUAUUCAACCACCAGUGGAGGUGCUUUCAUCUAUUGUGGAAUCUGCAGGUGGAAAGGUUGUGCUUAGCCUGGAAAAGGGGCUAGUCUCCUCCCACACAUUUGCAUUGACUUGUGAAGAAGAUACGUUAGAAGCUCUAGCGGCAGCAACAACAGGGAUGCCAACUUUCACUAGUGAUUGGUUCAUGUGUUGCAUAAUGAAACAAGAAUUCGACUUCAGUGCUCCACAAUUCACAGAAUCUUUGCAAUAAUUCAAUUUUUUUAUGGUUAACAGGGUAUAAAAUGCAGUGUUCUGCAAAAAAUCCAAAAUCUUGAUUAUUGUGGGUAUCUCUCUUGUUCGUAAUUUGUUAAUAUAUCCUUAGAGGACUUCCUCUUUUAAUAAAUCAAUCUGCUAUAUUUUCCUAUCAAGAAGAUAAAACUGUGGCCUGUUUACUCUUGUAUACAUUUAUUUAUGUUUUUUCUUUUUUAGUUU